AUGUCGACACGCAAAGACCCAAACAAGCCCCGAGGGAAAAUGAGUGCCUACAAUAUUUUUGUCAAGGAAGAAACCGAGGCGAUGAAGAAAUUACAAAGCGAAGCUACAGGCGACAGUUCUGAGACAAAAGAAGAUAAAGCAGUUCGGCAAGCGUUUAUACCGGCCUGUGCAGAAAAGUGGAAGAAGUUAACUGAGGAGGAGAAAAAACGUUUUGUGGAGGCCGCAGAGAAGGACAGGAUGAGGUAUAACAACGAAAUGGCUAAUUACACACCGCCGAGAUACGAAGGUGGUGAAAGGAAAACUCGAAAGCAGAAGAAGAUGAAGGAUCCAAAUCAACCCAAGAAGUGGAUGUCUUCCUUCAUGUUUUUCUGCCAAGACAAACGCGCUGCGAUGAGAGAAGAAAAUCCAGAAAUGAGAGUUAGAGCUAAAAUGCUCGGUGAAAUGUGGGCCAAGAUGGAAGAAAAAGAGAAGGAAAAGUUUGAACAAAUGGCAAAGGAAGAUAGAGAGAGAUACGAAGAGGAGAUGAAAGCUUUUAGAAGGGGAGACUAUGUAGUUCCUAGUACAAGUCAGAUAGCAGUGGAAGCCGAGGAAUAAUUUGAAAGCAGGAGAACUAUUCAAUGGCGGCCGACCUAUUUGUGUUACACCAGUUGUUUUGAUGAUACUUU